UGUAAUAAAUGAAAAAUUAUUAAAUGCACAUUAAUCAAAUUUCUUUAUUUAAGCUUUGCUUAAUAAAAUAGAUGCUGAUUUCAGACCAGAGUUAUGAGUAGUGACCGCCUUACAUAAUAAUUUUAAUAAGCUUCAUAAGCUACUGCGGUUUCCUCUUCUCCAAGACUUGCCUAUUUCAGACCAAAAACACCAUUUCUAAUUCACCACUACAUCAUGUAUAUAUGUAUGUAUGUGUAUUCAAGCCCUCGUCCCUCUCUCUGUAAUUCACCAAGUUUCUAAACCUUUUUCGCCUCUCUCUCUCUCCAGGGCUUGAUUGGAUUGUAUUUGGCACUACACAGAGUAAGAGUGGUUGGUUUUGAACUUUGUUUGGUGUGGUCAAGACAACAACAAAGAAGAAGAAGAAGAAAUUAAGUCAUGGUGAGUCCAGUAGUAGGGAGAUUAAUGGGAAAAGGAGGAGGAGGAGGAGAAGAAGAAGAAGAAGAAGAAGAAGAAGAAGAAGAAGAAGAAGAAGAAGAAGAAAACGAGGAAGAAGAAGAAGAAGAAAAGAUGGGACCGGCGUGGCUGAAGCCGAUGUUAAGAGGAAGGUAUUUCAAUACAUGCCCAGUCCAUGGCGACUCCAACAAGAGCGAAUGCAACAUGUUCUGCUUGGACUGCAUGGGACCCUCUCUCUGCUCCUACUGCUUAAUCCAUCACCAACACCACCGUGUUGUUCAGAUACGAAGAUCGUCGUACCAUAACGUGGUGAGAGUGAGCGAGAUUCAGAAGUACAUAGACAUAACAGUUGUGCAGACAUACAUAAUAAACAGCGCAAAGAUUGUGUUCCUGAAUGAGAGGCCUCAGCCAAGGCCUGGUAAAGGUGUCACCAACACUUGCGAGAUUUGCUGCAGAUCUCUUCUUGAUUCCUUUCGCUUCUGCUCCCUCGGCUGCAAGCUUGGGGGGAUUAAACGAGGGGACCCAGAGUUGACAUUUACACUGAGAGGAGCAGGAGGGAAGCACGGCAGUGAUAUUAACAAUAAUGGCUUGGAAUGGGGAUCGGAAUCGGACCAAUCAACGACCCCUAACAAGAAGAGGAUGAAGACUCAUGUUUUCAGUCGUUUGAUGGAUCAUGGGGCUGCUUCUGCUCAUCAUGUGUUCUCCACUCAUGAUCAGAGCUCCGGGGAUGAAGCCGCCACUGUCGCCAUUCCUCCGUCGACACCGCCAAUAUUCAACCACCACAAUUCCCACAGACGAAAGGGUAUUCCUCACCGUGCUCCCUUUUGAGCUCUAAAACCCCAAAGAGAGAAAAAGGAAAAAAAAAAAAAAAAAAAAAA